AUGUUGAAAGAAUUUGACGAAAAAUGUAAGGAGUUCGAAGAAAUUAAAGGAGUCAACACCCUUUAUCCUGACUUGGUUGAUAUUAUUAUCAAAGAUAUAAAAGAAACGUUUGCUAAAGAUCACAAGGAAUUGGCAGAAUUGACAACCGACGAGAUCUUACAAACGGUUCGUAUCUACUAUGAAUUACUGAAUCAACAUCUAUAUUUAGAUGAAUUGGAAUUUAAUAAGCCUGAAGUUCAAAAAUUGUUUGAAACCUAUAAUAAGUUAGAUAACACAGAAGAACCAGAUUACAAUAAAAUUGCCAAUGACUUGGGUUUAAACCCACAAGCUGUUAAGCUUUGGAUCGAAAUUUUUCAAACCCUUGAAUCAGUUGAUUUUGCUGUUGAUGGAAGGAAAUCAUUCCCCCUUUGUCCUCCAGAAUACAAUCUUCUCAUUAAUUUGAAACAAGUGAGAGAAAACAUUGAAAAAAUUACCCCCAAGGCACGUCAAGAUCCCUUUGGAAUGUUCUUCAACAAAGCCAAUCCCAAGCAAGAUGAUAAAGACAGUUCUAAAAAUAAAUCCAAUGAAGAUACCAAGGACAAAAAGAAAAUUGUUGAUAUUCUGAUUGAAUUGACUCCGAAAAACAUUUUCAUCUAUACACUUGUGUUUUCAUUGGCCACUUCCUUAAUAUUAGGGAUGGGGUCGUCUAAUGACGAUACUGAAAUUAACUUCCAAAGUUUUGUGACUGAUUAUUUGACUAAAAAUCUUGUUAAGAAAGUAACUGUUAUUAACAAUUCGGUUGUUGAAGUUGAACUUAACGAGAACGGAGCUCUGCAACAUAAUCAACAAAAGAGAUUAUAUUUCACUAUUGGAUCGGUUGAAUCUUUUGAACGUAACUUGCGUGAAGCUCAAGACAAAUACGACAUUCCACCACAAUUGCGUGUGCCUAUACACUACACCACUAAGGGAAACAUGGCUAGAUUUUUGAUCAACUUUUUGCCAACAUUGUUAUUUUUAGGCGCCAUUUAUUGGAUGACAAAGAAGGCUGCCUCGUCAAUGGGUGGAAUGGGACCUAUGGGCUUCGGAAAAUCAACUGCAAAAAAAUUUAAUCAAGAAACUGAUGUUAAAAUUAAAUUCAAAGAUGUUGCAGGUAUGGCAGAAGCUAAACAAGAAGUUAUGGAAUUUGUUAAAUUCUUGCAAAAUCCAGAAAAAUAUGAAAAAUUGGGUGCUAAAAUUCCCCGUGGAGCUAUUUUAUCUGGUCCCCCAGGUACUGGUAAAACGUUACUUGCCAAGGCAACUGCUGGUGAAGCAGGGGUUCCGUUUUAUUCUGUUUCCGGUUCAGAAUUUGUUGAAAUGUUUGUUGGUGUUGGUGCAUCUAGAGUUCGUGAUUUGUUUAAAACUGCACGAGAAAAUGCCCCUUCAAUUGUGUUUGUUGAUGAAAUUGAUGCUAUUGGUAAACAACGUUCCAAGGGGAAUGCUACCGGUGCCAAUGAUGAACGUGAAACAACAUUGAAUCAAUUGUUGGUAGAAAUGGACGGGUUUGAUACUAGUGACCACGUCGUUGUCUUAGCUGGUACGAAUAGACCUGAUAUUUUGGAUAGGGCAUUGAUGAGACCAGGUAGAUUUGAUAGACAUGUUCAUAUUGACAAUCCCGAAUUAUUGGGAAGAAAAGAGAUUUUUGAUGUGCAUUUGCAAAAAAUCACCUUACAAAAAGAUAUUGAUCCCGAUUUAUCAGGCAGAUUAGCUGCUUUAACUCCUGGAUUUUCUGGAGCAGAUAUUGCCAAUGUUUGUAAUGAGGCAGCAUUAAUUGCAGCCAGAUAUAAUGCUGAAUUUGUCACUUUGAGGCAUUUUGAAUUAGCUAUCGAGAGGGUUAUUGGAGGUGUUGAAAAGAAAUCGAAAUUAUUGAAUCCCGAAGAACAGAAGAUUGUUGCUUAUCAUGAAGCUGGACAUGCCAUUUGUGGGUGGUACUUGAAAUACGCUCAUCCAUUAUUGAAAGUCUCGAUUAUCCCUAGAGGUCAAGGUGCGUUAGGGUAUGCACAAUAUUUGCCACCUGAUCAGUACUUGAUGUCAACUUUACAAUUAUACGAUAGAAUGAUCAUGACUCUUGGUGGAAGAGUCUCAGAAGAAUUACAUUUUGCUUCAGUUACAAGUGGUGCCCAUGACGAUUUCAAAAAAGUGACUGGGAUUGCACAAUCUAUGGUUUUGAGAUUUGGUAUGUCUAAAACAGUUGGUAUGGUGAAUUAUUAUGAUACACGCUCUCAAGAUGAUUUGACCAAACCGUUCAGUGACGAGACCAGUAGAAUAAUUGACAGUGAAGUACAGAGAAUUGUUAGUGAUUGUUAUCAAAAAUGUAAACAAUUGUUGACUGAAAAAUCAAAAGAAGUUGAACUAGUGGCCCAAGAAUUGUUGAAGAAGGAAUUUAUCACUCGUGAAGAUAUGAUUAGAUUAUUGGGUAAACGUCCCUUCCCAGAAACAAAUGAUGCCUUUGAUAAGUAUCUUGAUGGUAAACCUGCCUUCAAAAAUGAACAACCAGAAAAUGAAAAAAAGGAUUCUGCAAAUUAA